AUGCGAGACGGUCAACAGAAUGAAGAGUCGACGCUGGAGACCCCUCUAGUUACACCAGCUCGACCUCAACCACGAAUUUACUAUGGAGUCAAUAUCGACGAGCUCUCGUCUGACUCAGAUCUCUCGGAUGUUCCUGACGAUAUUGGCCCAGACCCAUUCUUGCCAGAACUUCUAUCCCCCCCGUCGCCUUCCAGAGUUCAUGCCGUCACAGCCCCAACCCAGAAGCGUCACCGACCAACAAAAUCCCCUUACUUUCCUCAUAAACAUCGACCUACAUUUUUGACCACUUUGCCAUUUCCGCCCAUCUCUCAUAACACCUUCGGUCUAAUGCAAGAGCGACUGGCGCAUGACCCAUUCCGUCUCUUAAUUGCCACUAUUUUCCUGAAUAAGACACCAGGCGAGCGUGCCAUGCCAGUAUUUUACCAGCUCAUGUCCAAAUAUCCUACGCCAGCUGAUCUAGCGCAUGCAGAGGUCGCCGACAUCACUUCGGUCAUCUAUGGUCUUGGCUUUCAAAACCAGCGGGCAAGAAAAUGUGUGGCCAUGGCAAAGGUGUGGAUUGAGAAACCACCGGAGAAAGGGAAGAGGUAUAAGAAACUGAAUUACCCUCUGAAAGGAGAUAGUAAAGAUAUCAAGGACGGCGAGACUCUAGGUGAUGACGAUAACCGAGUGGCCUGGGAAAUAUCACACCUCCCAGGUUUGGGCCCUUACUCCCAUGAUAGUUGGCGCAUGUUCUGCCGCGAUGCGCUGAGGGGUAUUGCGAAAAGUUGGAAUGGGGAGGGUGCAAAAGACCCCGAAACCUUUGAGCCGGAGUGGAAACGGGUGAUCCCAUUGGACAAGGAACUCCGAGCAUAUCUUACCUGGAUGUGGCUCAAAGAGGGGUGGGUUUGGAAUAAGGAGACUGGGCAAAGAAGCAAAGCCAGCGAGGAGCUGAUGACAACAGCUAAGGGAGGUGGCGUUGUGGUGGAAGAAAAAGGGUCGGACCAUUUACUUGUUAAGGAGGUGGAAAGGGAGAGUCUAAACGACCUAAAGCAUGAGAAAAGGAUUGAGCGAACAGCGGGCGAAUAUCUGCCGGGAAAUUCGCCAAAGGAUGGAGAUGAACCGGGGCCUGAGGACGCCAAUGAAACUAUCAACGAUGCGGUUGUGCUGGCGAGUGGACGACUUUGA